CGGCUGGUGGCUUGGGACAGCGAAUUUUGUCCUUCAGCCUGAAGACCAACUUUUUUUUUUUUUUCAGAGUACUCUCCCAGCUUAGUUAGUAACCUAAUGUCCGAUUCCUUCUUUGCAUCAACUCGGAAACGAAAGAAGCCAGGCUUCAGCAACCAGAAACGACCUUCUAAACCAGCAGGGAACAAAAGAUCCCGGGAUGCAGCGGCCGAUGAAUCUGAUAAUGACGAUCAAAUAGGUGCUGGAGGAAUCGAUGAUAUGGAACUGCGUGGUAGCGACGUCGAAUCAGAAGAAGAGAUUCAGGAGACUGCUGCAGAAAAGCGCAUAAGACUUGCCAAAGGAUACCUGGAAGGAAUACAAAAAGGAUUAGAUGAGGAUAUUGGCGGAUUCGAUGCUGAAGAUAUAGAUAGAGACUUAAUAGCAGAGAGACUGAAGCAAGAUGCAUUUGAAACAACUGGAAAGCUUCAUAGACGAAUUGCCGACAAGUUUGACUUUUCUGGAGUCGAUAUUUCAACCAUUCGGCAAUGCAAAGGUCAUCAACUGGCUGUUACCAGCGUAGCUAUGACAGAAAAUGGAAAGUUCCUUUACACAGCAUCAAAAGACGCAUCCAUCAUCAAGUGGGAUGCGCUCACCAUGAAAAAGUUGCACACCUUCCCCGGUGCAAGGAAAGGUGUGAAGAAUUUUAAUGGCCAUACCGACCACAUCCUUUGUCUGGCAUUAAGCUCUGACGGACAAUACCUUGCCAGCGGUGGUAAAGACAAAGCCAUACACAUAUGGUCAGUUACAGAAGACAAACACAUUGUUGCCUUCAAGCAGCACAAGGACAGUAUUUCGAGUCUCGCAUUUCGAAGAGGCGCAAAUCAAUUGUAUUCAGCAUCGCAUGAUCGAACCGUAAAACUUUGGAAUGUGGACGAACGAUCUUAUAUAGAAACACUCUUUGGUCACCAAGAUCAAAUUACUGAUAUAGACACCUUGGCGCGGGAGCGAUGUGUAACGGUUGGUGGUCGUGACAAAACCGCACGUAUGUGGAAGAUUGUGGAAGAAUCGCAAUUGGUUUUCAGAGGAGGAGCUCAAGUAAAGGAAAAGGACGGUUCUGGAACUGUACGAUACGCCGAGGGUUGCCUUGACUGCAUAGCACUUGUUGAUGAAGACAUGUUUGUAACUGGCGGAGACAGCGGAUCGAUCUCACUGUGGGAUAUCAAUCGUAAAAAACCCGUCUUUACAUAUCCAAUAGCGCAUGGCAUCAAUGAACACGAGAGCGAAUCGGAAGGAAUCAUCGGAACCCCUUACUGGAUUACGACUUUGGCCACCUUACCUUAUUCUGACGUUUUUGCAUCUGGUUCAUGGGAUGGGUUCGUCCGCCUAUGGAAGAUUUCCGCGAACAACCGAAACUUUGCUCAAGUCGCUCAGAUACCAAUUGCCGGUGUGAUUAAUGAUCUUCAAAUUCUUACUACACCAGCAAAGAAAACCAUCUUGAGUCUUGGCGUCGGCCAAGAAUUGACCUUGGGACGAUGGAUUCGCAUGAAGAAAGCUAAGAACGGCGCACGGCUUUUAGAGCUUCCCGUCAAGACUUUGGAUACCGAAUUAGAAGAAGAAGAUCGGGAAGAAGAUCAAGCCGAUGGCGAUGAUGGAUUUCUCGUAUUUUCUCGAUAAGCAAUUUGUACAUUCUGCAACCCCAACAAUAAAAAAUCAAAAAGGUCACAUUAUA